AUGGGGAUAUCUUCUGCAGCUGGCAAGUCUUUGCCAACCGGCAAGAAGGCGCACGCGGGCAAGAAUCGCGAGGACUUGUGCGCCCAAUGGGACCUCCCCGUGCUGGUGGAGGCGCCGCAAAGAGCUUGGGUCCACUUUUGCAUCGACGCCCAGGUGAGCCGCUUUUGCAGCUGCUCCCAAACCAACAGGGGCUGCAGUGUCGAACAUGUAGUGACCUGUGAGUCGCCUUUGCUGACGUCGGAGCUGGCCGAGGCGCUGAACGUGGCCUACACGGCCGCGGUGCUGCUGUCCGUGGAUGCCGGGAGGACGUACUUCCCCAUCGCAGAGGCAAGCCUUAGGCUGGACUGGGAUCCCUCAGCGCUGCCGCUACCAGAGGGCAGCCCCUCGAAGGUCUUUGCAGGCGACACGGUGGAGGUGAAAGCGCUCAGUACCUUGCCCUCUGCUCGCUGUCAAUUCCGGGCCUACGGCGACAACGCCCGCUUGCUGCUGGACGCUCAACGCAUCCACUCGCGCUGUGGAUCAGUUCCCAGCGCCGUGAACGAGACCAACGAGGCGAUGGUGGACAAUGCCACGGAAAUGGAGUGGGAUGCAAACAGCAGCCGCACUUUGCAGCACACGGCCGAGCCGUGCCCCCGGGUGGUGGAGGACUAUCGCUCCUUCCCCGAGCUUGCCGUGUCGGUGGCUUCGGAGGAGAUCUUCAGCGAGAACCUCGCCGGCUUCCAGAGUACCUCCAAGGUGGUCUGCCGCGUGCCGGAGACUUUAUCCCUGGGCACCUGGCAGGUGGGGAUCCUGAACUACGACGCCCCCUUCGCUCUGGCGCAGAACUUCGUGCCCUUUCAGGUCCUGCAGAAGGCAGUGGUGGGCAGUGUGUCGCCCAAUGUGACAGCGCUGGGCAGCAACACUCCGCUGGUCUUGUCCGGCGGCCCUUUGGGCCACUUGCUGCGAGAGACAGCGGACGCCAGGUGCGUGUUCCAAGCCUCCGACCUCAGCGGGGAGGCCACUUCGGCGCCAUGGGUCCUAGACAGGCACCGGGUUGCCUGCUUCCCGCCUGCCAUCCCGGGUUUGCCCACGGGCCGACAGGUGCAGAUCACUUUGCGCAUCCAUGGCCACUUGCUUCCUUCGGAGGCCUCCUUUUUGCUCUACCCCCAGCGCAGCCUCUACGCGAUGCCUGUGGAAGGUCGAGGAUCUUCGUCCAUUAAGCUCAGCGUCAGCCUGUACGGAUCCGAGUCUCGACAGCCCUCCACGCCGGUGCAGCUGUUGGCGCAGAACACGGAGUUUCAGGGUCCAGCGCAGGUGAAGCUGUGGACAAGCUUUACGACCCAGCCCGGCAACAACACGGAUCUGGGCCUAUUGGAGAUCCCGGUGACCGAGUUGGGCCUCUUGCUGAGUGCGCCAGUCGUGGACUACUCCGUGACCUUCCCUCCGGGCCUGAUGCUGAGCGCGUACUUCAUCGACCCCACGGAGGCGGCGCCGGUGGAGAAAGGCUUGCUGGUGAGGGGCACCAACUCCUUUGAGGUGGCGCCCUCCAUGCUGCUCCGAGUGCCCAAGAUCAAGGCGGUGUAUCCUCGGAUGGUGCCAUGGAUUGACAGAAGCCGCCGGGUCAUCAACCAGGAUGAGGACCCCAGCUUGCUGGCGCUGGGCUUGGGCUUCGUGAACACCAACCGCCUCUGCUGCCAGCUGGUGGACGAGAUGAACCGCGCCUGGGCCUCGCCAUAUGUCAUCUUCAUCAGCGCCACGCAGGAUUGUGUUACCUAA